AUGCCCACCCCCAACGCCGCCUCGCCGCAGGCCAAGGGCUUCCGCCGGGCCGUCUCCGAGCUGGACGCCAAGCAGGCCGAAGCCAUCAUGUCCCCGCGCUUCGUCGGGAGGCGGCAGAGCCUCAUCCAGGAUGCACGCAAGGAGCGGGAGAAGGCGGAGGCUGCGGCUUCAUCCUCGGAGCCCGGGGAGGCGGGCAGCCUGGCUGAGCAGCACGGGAAGGCGGUGCUGACCCUGCUGUUCGCCCUGCGGCCCACCAAGCCCCCCACGCUGACCCGGGCUGUCAAGGUGUUCGAGACAUUCGAGGCCCACGUCCACCACCUGGAGACCCGGCCGGCCCGGCCGCCGCGGGCAGGGAGCCCAGGCCUGGAGUGCUUCGUGCGCUGCGAGGCGCCUGGCCCCGCGGUGCCUGCCCUGCUGGGCGCCCUGCGCCGCGUGGCGGAAGACGUGCGUGCCGCCGGGGAGAACAAGGUCCUCUGGUUCCCGAGGAAAGUGUCCGAGCUGGACAAAUGUCACCACCUGGUCACCAAGUUUGACCCUGACCUGGACUUGGAUCACCCGGGCUUCUCCGACCAGGCGUACCGCCAGCGCAGGAAGCUGAUUGCCGAGAUCGCCUUCCAGUACAAGCAAGGCGACCCCAUCCCCCACGUGGAGUACACGGCCGAGGAGAUCGCCACCUGGAAGGAGGUCUACUCCACGCUGCGGGGCCUGUACCCCACCCACGCCUGCCGUGAGCACCUGGAGGCCUUCGAGAUGCUGGAGCGCUUCUGCGGGUACCGCGAGGACCAAAUCCCGCAGCUGGAGGACGUCUCCCGCUUCCUGAAGGAGCGGACCGGCUUCCAGCUGCGGCCCGUGGCCGGCCUGCUGUCCGCGCGGGACUUCCUGGCCAGCCUGGCCUUCCGCGUGUUCCAGUGCACCCAGUACAUCCGCCACGCCUCCUCGCCCAUGCACUCCCCCGAGCCGGACUGUUGCCACGAGCUACUGGGGCACGUGCCCAUGCUUGCCGACCGGACCUUCGCCCAGUUCUCCCAGGACAUCGGGCUCGCAUCCUUGGGGGUGUCGGACGAGGAAAUUGAGAAGCUGUCCACGCUGUACUGGUUCACCGUGGAGUUCGGGCUAUGCAAGCAGAACGGGGAGGUGAAGGCCUACGGAGCGGGGCUGCUCUCCUCCUACGGGGAGCUCCUGCACUCCCUUUCCGAGGAGCCCGAGAUCCGGGCCUUCGACCCUGACGCGGCGGCUGUGCAGCCCUACCAGGACCAGACCUACCAGCCCGUCUACUUUGUGUCUGAGAGCUUCAGCGAUGCCAAGGACAAGCUCAGGAGCUACGCCUCCCGCAUCCAGCGUCCCUUCUCUGUGAAGUUUGACCCAUACACACUGGCCAUCGACGUGCUGGACAGUCCCCACGCCAUCCGGCGCGCCCUGGACGGCGUCCAGGAUGAGAUGCACGCCCUGGCCCACGCUCUGAACGCCAUCAGCUAG